UGCCUUACGGCUCUGCGGUCCGUGCUUCAGUGUCACUAGGCUGUGGGCGUGGAACCUGUAGGAGUUUUCACAAAACACGAAUGCGAGGAGGGUGGCGCUCCCCCAUCUCUCCACACCGUGAAAUCACGCUGCCAGCCGUGCACCAGCUGGGGGCUCCUCUUGCUUCUGUCCAAAGUCGCAUUUUUAAAACAGAAAACCUGCAAGUCCUCUUUCGUGAGAGACAGAUCUUACACGGAUAUUAAAAAAGAUGUUUGCACAUUCCACGAAAGGAAAAGACACCAGCUGGAAGUACUGGCCAAACCGAGCAAGCGUGUGCUUCACGGGCCUCAGGCAUCCCCGGGUCUCCCCGUCUCGUGUGGAAAAGGAAGAGUUUCCACUUAGAAAAAGGCCCCGUCCUGACCCACCCAGGCGCUGGGAUGUGCACGUGUGUUAGAAGCUGGCCCCACGGUUCCCUCCACCUUCGCGCCACCUCAAGCCCUUUGGGAGCAAGGAAGGUACAAAAUCGCAACGUGCAAGCGAGCUGUGUGAGUUGAAGAGACCCCGGGCUGGGACGGGCACCAGUUCUCUGCACAGAAAAAGGCAGCGGCUUGGGCAAUAGGAGAAUGAAACCGAGGUUGGAGAGAAGCGGUGGCAUUGUGACGAAUUUUGAAGGAAGAGCCGUCAGGGCUGGCUGAGGGACCACACAUGGGAUGCAAGAGGACAGGAGCCAAGGAUGACCCCAAAGGACGUCGGGAGCACCCCACGCCUGGACCCCGGAAAGGCGGCAUCGGGGCAGCGUGCCUGGACCACCCUGGCCACCGGCAGAGCAUGUCCCGGCUGGCCCUGGAGGAGCUGGCCGACAUAGAGCUGCAGAGAGAUGAGGAGGCGGCGGCUGCACUAGGCACAGCGAGACGGCCUUCGGAGGCGCCCGCGGCUGGCCAGGACCCCACGCUGAGCACGAAUCACCCAUUCUACGAUGUGGCCCGACACGGCAUCCUGCAGGUGGCAGGGGAGGACCGCCUGGGAAGACGCGUCGUCACGUUCAGCUGCUGCCGGAUGCCCCCCUCGCACGAGCUCAACCACAGGCGCCUGCUGGAGUAUCUCAAGUACACGCUGGACCAGUACGUGGAGAGUGAUUACACCGUCGUCUACUUCCACUACGGGCUGAGCAGCCGGAACAAGCCGUCCCUGGGCUGGCUGCAGAGCGCCUACAAGGAGUUCGACAGGAAGUACAAGAAGAGCCUGAAGGCCCUGUACGUCGUGCACCCCACGAACUUCCUCAAGGUCCUGCGGACGCUCUUCAAGCCCCUCAUCAGUCACAAGUUUGGGAAAAAAGUCACCUAUUUCAACUAUUUGAGUGAGCUCCGUGAACACCUCAAAUACGACCAGCUGAUCGUCCCGCCCGAGGUUCUGCGGUAUGAUGAGGAGCUCCGGCAGCUACACAGGGGCCGGCCACCCCCUCCCGCCAGGACGCCACCGCCGCGGCCCCCCCUGCCCACCCAGCAGUUCGGCGUCAGCCUGCAAUACCUCAAGGACAAAAACCAAGGGGAACUCAUCCCCCCGGUGCUGAGGGCCACAGUGACGCACCUGCGACAGAAAGGGCUCCGCACCGAGGGCCUGUUCCGGAGGUCGGCCAGUGUCCAGACUGUCCGCGAAGUCCAGCGGCUCUACAACCAAGGGAAGCCCGUGGACUUUGACGACUACGGGGACAUCCACAUCCCUGCCGCCAUCCUGAAGACGUUCCUGCGGGAGCUGCCGCAGCCGCUGCUGACCUUCGAGGCCUACGAGCAGAUCCUGGGCAUCACCAGCGUGGAGAGCAGCCUGCGGGUGACCCGCUGCCGCCAGAUUCUGCAGAGCCUUCCGGAACACAACUAUGCCGUCCUCAGCUACCUCAUUGGCUUCCUGCACGAGGUGUCCCAGGAGAGCAUCUUUAACAAAAUGAACAGCUCCAGGCUGGCCUGUGUCUUCGGGCUGAACCUGAUCUGGCCGUCCCAGGGCGCGUCCUCCCUCAGUGCCCUCGUGCCGCUGAACCUGUUCACCGAGCUGCUGAUCGAGUACUACGGGCAGGUCUUCAGCGCCCGGGAGGCGCGCGGGGUGCUCGGCGCCGGCUCGGCUGAGGCCGGCGAGCGGGGCGGCCCCUUGGCUGGAGGCUGCGCCGGAGACGGACGCACCGCAGGCCCCACUGCACCCGCCGUGCCUCCGCGUCCCCUGACGGAGGCCAGGAGACCCCUCUAGUGCUGGGCGUGCCACACUGAAGUCUGUCCAUCUGUGCCUCCUGUGCGUUUUGUACACUUGCCAUUAAAUGACCUUCUCGUGAACUUUGGGCGGAACUUCCGUGGUUCUGGUUCUUUGGCCCUUGUCCGUUGUUCCUGAGCUGCGGGCCAAGAUCAGAUGAUGGAUCUGUUAGGAUCAUAACCCAGGGUGGCUCAGCUGACACGGGGCGCUUGUUGGCUCAGGGCUGGUGUCCGGGACCUGCGGCUAUUCAUGCUGUGUGACGAACCCGGAACGUACAGCAGCGGCUGUUUGUUAGUGUCCGCGGGUCCGUCGGUCAGCGGGGCGGCCCUGGUCUCGGCUGGGCCCGCCCACGUGUCCGGGCUGACUGGAGGUCCGCGGGGGCACUCGGCUCUCCUGCGGGUCGCAUGUCCCUCUAAUAGGCUGAACGGGGACGUUCCCACGACGGAGACGGAGAUGGAGGUGCCAGCUGAAGUGUGCACAGUUUUGGGCUGGUGUGCGUGUGCUUGUGCCCCGUUGGUCAGAGCCACUCUCACAGCCAAGGCCGGGUCACAGCAGGAGGGCUCUGCAACAUCAUUUGGCAAAGGGUGUGACUGUGGGGUGGGUGGAGAGUUGGGGCCCUAAAGCAGUCAGCCUGCCCGAGGGCUCCAGGACGUGUGUGGCCCUGUGGUCUCAGGUGGGCCGACCCGCAGUGUUGCAAGAUGGGCCCCGUGUUUCCAGCUUCAAGCACAGCGAGUAAGGAUGAGAAGUCGUGGUUCCACGUUCUGCAAAAAGCCCACAGAUGCGCCCAGAUUGGCCGAGCUUAGGGUGUAGGCCCACCCUGGACCAGUCGCAGUGGCCAGGGCCUGCGCUGCCUGGCUUGGGUCAGUCACGUGCCCCCGGGGCUGGGUGAAUCCCCACCCAGGCCUGGCAGUGAGGGAGGGGUGGCGCCCCAGGUGUGUUGGUUUGCUGGGGCCGCAUAACAAAUACCGGACUCGGGCCUUAAACAGCAGGCGUUUACGUCACAUGGUUCUGGAGCCGCAAGUUGGAGAUGGGGUGCCAGCACCGUCGGCUUCUGGCGAGGACCCUCUUCCUGGCUUGCGGAUGGCCGGCUUCUUGCUCUGUCCUCACGUGGUUAGGGGGUGGGGCAGAGAGCUCUCUGGAGUCUCUUCUUGUAAGGACACUGACCCUGUGGGAUCAGGGCCCCAGCCUAGUGACCUCAUUUAGCCUUAAUUACCUCUAUAGAGGCCCCUUUCCAAGUACAGCCACUCUGGGGGUUCAGGACCUCGCCAUAUGGAUUUGGGGGGCACGAGCAUUUAGUCCAGGACACCACACUCAUAAGGCCCUAAUAACGGGCCUCAUGCACCCUCCGCGGGUUCCCGUGUGUCAGACGCCGUGCCAAGCUCCCCAGGCCUUGCUCAGGGGGCAGGGGAGCAAAGGACAAGAGUCCACUGCAGGAGCCCGCCGGCCUCUCCGUGCCUGGCAUGGGGCGCUUACACCCAACUGGGCAGUGACCCCGGGUGCCCGUGUGGACCCUUGGGGCCGCCCGGGGCUCCUCCCUGGACUUGGAGGGCAUGGGCGCCCUGCUCACCUCCUCGCUUCUCGUCUCCCCGUGAUUGGGCCCACUCCCUGAUCUGCUGGUGUGCGGACUUGCGCCCUGUCUUUGAAGGAGGGUUUGCGACCGCUUACCCAUCUCCCAGGCCUGUCAGUGAACAGACGGCACCUCGCCCCGAGGACCGUCCCCCGAGAGCAGGAGGCUGUUCUGCGUCCUUCUCUGAUGCGGAUUCUCCCGUGUCCGGGUCGCAGCACAGCGUCCCUGAGUCCUGGCCGUUCGGGUGGUAAGGACACCGAUCCUAUUGAAAUUUCUGGAGCAGAGGAGCUGGCGCUGGGGCCCGGGCGCUGGGGCGGGAGCCCCCGCUGCUGACUGCACACGCCCUCCCUGGAGAGGAGGGCUCGGCGGCGUCAGGGUGGACGUGGUGGGGGCCGAGCUGGGUCCCUCCUGCGGGGUCAGUGGACAAUGAACAAGGGUCGAUGUGGGGCCACAGGCUGGCGAGGGGACAACUGCCCCCUCCGCUGGGUCCCUGCUGUGGGCCCGGGGUGGUGCCGACUGACCUGCCCCGCCUGCCGCGUAAGCCUCAUGCAGCCCGCUGGGGAGGCAUUCUCGGUUGGGGCAUGCGGGGGCUUCAGCGACACCCCUCGUCCCCGCCAGAGCUCAGAACAUCCAGAGAGAGGCAGACUCCGGAGGCCCAUGGAGAGAGGUCAAAAUGUCCCCCUGGAGCGGACCACAGACAGCCUCAGAUCUGUGGCCGAGGGCGUCUGCUGACUGUCGCUCUGACUGAGCCAGACUCCCCGCCUGGUCCCUGGCCCCCGGCAAGGUCGGGGCUGGAAUUCACGAGUCUUGCAGGCAGCUGGCUCCUGGGGAUGCAGCUGGCCAUGCUCGGCUCCCUCUCCCAGAUGCGCCAGUCAGAAUAUUCCUCCUCUUCCUGAGGGAGGGGGUGUGGGGGUCGGGGGAGCGACCGGAGUCUUCAUCCCGUCUGAUGACGUUUCUCUUCUCUGAAGUUCUCAUUCCUGGUCUACACACCCCCACCCAGGGACGCCCAGAGAAGUAAAGGAACUUGUCAGAGUCACACAGCUGGUUACUGGCGGAGCUGGGGUGAGCCCUGCGCAUCCCUCUGCUCCUCCGCCUUUGUUCAGGAAGCUGCGGGGGCCAAGGGGGCCACCUGGGCCCCGGUCCUCCCACCUUUGCAGUGGGGAGACUCAUGCUGUGCGCUGCCGUCCAGCUCUGAGCACGCCGCCCGGAAGCCAGGAGGCUGAGCUUCAUCGGCUCCACCCCAGUCGGAGCGUGUGCAGCCUCCACGCGCCUGUUCCCAUCUGAACAGAGUUGAACAACCCACCGUGGACGUCAUCUGUCUGCCGCCACACAGUAGAACAUUUCCUGGUUGUACAGGAACUGUCCAGAUCUUUGAGUUUAGCGCAGGUUUUGGUCCCCUAGAUGGCCGUCCACGCUCCUCGACUCUGUCCGGCUCCCCGGGCACACCUCUUCGGCAACUGCAAUUGCCCUGAGCAGAGGACAUCGGUUGCAAGGGCCCCUGGAGCUCGCAGACGUUGGACCCUGGGCAGCCUUCUGCUGGGGUGGCCUUCAAGAGGCUCACCCCAGGCCAGCCUCACAGAGCUGGACGGCCAUGGCCCCCUCACUGCCCCAGGGCUCCAGCCCCCAGCCCUGGGCAUUGCAGGGGGCCGUCAGGGCCUGCUGAUCUGAGCGGAGUCUUCUGGACUCUUCACCUGUCUCCUCCCAGCUCCUCCUGCCUCACGGUCCCUUUCCUCGUCUCCGCAUCGCCCUCUCUCCCCAGUUCUUGUUUUCCUCCCCACUCCGUCACCAUUCCUCCUUACUUGUCUCUUCUGUUCCUUCCUGCUCUUUCUCCAGUUAACCUGGACCAGAACGAGUGUCUUGUGCAGCUUGAAAAGCAAUUAUUGGUUCAUUUCUUUCCUGCUCCAAAGCCUUUUUCUUUUGUUUUUUUCAUUCUUGUUUCUUUUUUUAAAAAAUGCAACCCUCCAUCUCUGACUAACCCCAGCAGGCACAGGGAGCCCAGACCAGGGGGCUCCGUUUAGAGCCCGAGGCAAACCUGCCACUGGCCCCCCCCCAGCCACGGCCUCUGAGAAGGCCGCCUGGCCUCUGCCCCCGCCGGGGAAGGUGUCUUGUACUCACACAAUUCAGAACAACCCUAAAACGGCCUCGGAGAUCUGUUGCCAGGGCAAAAAAGGAAAAAAAAACCUGAGCAAGAAAUGACGGCCCCCUCAAGAGCACACCACUGUGAACACCAGAAUUAACGACGACACUACGUCAGCCCUCAUGCAUUAUGCAGCGAGGUUUACAGCGUGACGCACUCUUCUGGAAUAGAUGUUUCAAAUUUUCUGGCUCCGAGAGGUGGCCCCGAGAUGCUCUCCUGUGGGCCUUUGGUAACAGACCCCCUUUCACAACCGGUAAUCGUGGAAUCCUGGCUUCAGCACAGCGGGACCUGGUCACCCUCCCUCGUAUCAAAGCACAAUUUCCUGAUCGCCUCCCCAGCAAGAGAAAGCGAUUAUGGUAAUAUUAACGUGUUGGAAGCACACGCGGCGCAUUUCAGCUUAAAACAAUGAAAUGUGAUGCGGAAAUGAGGACUCCGGGGUGUCUCUGUUGACAGGACGUGUGGAAUAAAUUGUGCAAACAUUCACUUCUGCAGAAAUGACAGAGGUUUUAAGUGACUGCAGAGAUUUGCGGGCUGCCCAGAACUUGUCGCUGACAUCUACGCUGAAGAAAUCCUACAGGACUGGAUCUUCCCAUGGACAACAUCAAUGAGCUCUGGACAAAAUACGAAAGAAGAAAAAUAAACAAAAACUUCAGCAGUGACCUGAAGGCACUGGAUCAUGAACAAGGACAGAUUCUGGAGGGAAGUCCACACUGGAAAAGGGCAUGGCACAGGAUGCGCUCCCUUUAUGUGGCUUUUGACCUGAACGAGGCCAAAGCCGGCACUUCUGCUGGAGUGGCCAUGUCUUCAACAGCAAGUCACAGGCCUUUUGGCUUGAAGAACAGAGGACAGAGUUUGGGACAACUACAGGCUCUAGAAAGUGGGAAUUCCAGGGAAUUCUAGACAGGAAAAAGCCAUAGAGGAAAGCCAAAUUCUGUGCAUAAACUCUGCCCAAAGUUGUGCCUGGUCUCUGAGCCACACACAUGUGGGACAGACACCAGCUAUGAUAAAAGAGCUGAACUGGUUUGAGCUACCCAUAGACAGAGUUUGCAAUCUUAGUCUAUCCAAGUUAAACACCUGCUAAAGAAGAAAACCAAAACCAACACUCUUCAGAGGAAUAUAACAGAACGUAAGAUCUCUACAACACAAUAUUCACAAUGUCCAAGAGGCAAUUAAAAAUUAUUUGUCAUUUGAAGAACCAGGAAAAUGUAACCCACUGUGAAACAAUCAACGGACAACAAACUUCAAAUGAUGUACAUGUUGGAAAUGACAGUCAAGGAUGUUAAAGUAGCUAUUACAGGCAUCCUCAAAUAUAUAAAGAAAAAUAUGCUUAUGAUAAAUGGAAAGAUAGGAAACCAAAUAAAAAAUAAAAAUAGAAAUCAUAAAAAACACAGAAGAAUUCUGGAAAAGCAAAAGACAAUAUCUGAAAUUUAAAAAAAACCCAAACUGGCUGUGUUUAGUAAGAGAAUGGAGAUGACAGGGAAGAAUCAGUGACCUUGAAGCCAGACCAACAGAAAUGACCCAAUCUGAAGAACAAAGAAUGAAAGGAUUGAAAAAGUCUGAGCCUCAGAGACCUGUGGGGCAAUAUCAAAAUAUCUUACAUACACAUAACCAGAGCUCCGGAUGUGGUGGAGAGAGAGAACAGGACAAAAAAUAUUUGAAAGUUAAUGACCCAAAAUAUCCCAAAUUUGGUGAAAGACUUAAAUUUUCAGAUUUAAUAAUCUCAGGAAACCCCACGCUGGAUAAAAUACGAAGGAAACUACACCUAGGGACACUAUUCUGAAACUUCUGGGAACCACAGGUAAAGAGAAAAUGCUGAAACCCUGCAGAGAAAAAUGAAACGCUUCACACAAUAGACCAACAACUGAAGUCAGCUGACUUGUCUGCCGGAACUAUGAAGGCUGAAAGACGGUGGAACGUUAUCUUCCAUCAAUAAAGGGACAAGAAAGCAAAGUGCCCAAAGGAGGGCAAAGUGUUGAAACAGAAUCCUGUAUCAACCAAAAAUACUCUUCAAGAGUGAAUGCUAAAUAAAAGCUUUUUUUUUAAGUAAAAGAAAACUGAAGAAUUUUUUCACCAGCAGAUCUGCACUACAAAAAAAUGCCAAAGGAAUUUCUUCAAGGUGGUGGGAACUGACGAUUGAAACUUGGAUAUUUAGGAGGUAAUGAAGAACACUGAAAAUGGCCUCUGUGGAGUCACCCAGGGGCUGGGUCACCAUCUGCAGCCCCAGAACGGAGAGGUGGCCAGGUCAGGAGUGUGAGUGCAUGUGGCUUGGUGGGGUGGCCUCCAGCCAUCCAUUGGUGCCCCGCAGGGUGACCAGUGUCCAGUAGCAGAGUGGUGGGGAGUGCCGGCAUGGGGCCACAGCCAGGGUUGAAGUCACCUGCUGGCUGUGUGACCUGGGCAUGUCACUCUAGGUCCUUGUGCUUCGGUUCCCCUGUGAGGGGCUGUGACAUGCGAGGGCAGCUCUGAGGAAGGAGCCAGGUGGGGUGGGCACAGAGUAGAUCGUUGGGGAACAGGCUAGUCAGGGGGUGACAUGGUGGGCUCUCCACCUCCGGGCUGUGUAGGGGUGGACAAGGCACAUGGGGCCUUCUGAAGGUGUCUGUUGAAUUGCAGGUGAAUUGUGAAAGGUGGGUUGAAUUGUGUCCUCUCUAAAGGUGCUGAAGUCCUGGCCCCCAGCAUUGUGAAGGUGACCUUAUUGGAAAUAGGAUGACUCAGUUCAAAUGAGGUCAUUAGGGUGGCCCUAAUCCGGUAUGACUGUGUGCUUAUGAGAAGGGGAAAUUUGGACUUGGACAUGGACAGGCACACAGAGAGAAGGCCGCGUGCAGAUGGAGGCAGAUCGAGGUGAUGUGUCUAAGGGCAGGGAGGGCCGAGGAUCACCACAAACCGUGCACAGAGGGGAAUGAUGAGAAGACACGACCACGUACACGGAACGCCCAAGGCGGGCUGGGAGGAGCCCUGGAGCAGACUCUGCGCCACAGCCGCAGCAGGAACCGGCCCUGCUCACACCGCCAUCUCCGACUUCCAGCCUCCAGGACUGGGAGCAAAUACCUUUCUGUUGCUUAAGCCCUGUGGUCUGUGGGACUUUGUUACGGCAGCCCCCAGAAACUAAGACAGGGUCCCAGUAGGCAGAGCCCUCCGGGAGGGGGGCCCUUCCAACCCUGAACUUGGCCUGGGAGGCUCCGUGGAGCUACAACGGAGGCGCUGCUCUCCAGGGCUGGGUCAGAUGGAACUGGGGAAAGAGGAGGUGUUAGAGGGACCGUUGUCCCAACCCAAGGGCUGUCCCGGUGCACGGAUGCAGGGUCACCUGACGCUGGUGGGGUGCGUGAAGCUGCAGGAGGCAGACCACACACUUUGGGGCCCCGUUCUAGUGGCAGAGUGGUCCUGUGGAGGGAACUCUCAUUCCUGGGGUGGAGGAUGGAUGGUGAGGGGUCUGUCUUUGGAGGGAAUUCCUGCCCCGUUCCAGGAGCUGGAGGGCGCCCAUGCUGCCCCCAGGCCCUGCCGCUCGGUGAGAGUGAGGCGGCUGUGCUGGACCCCCAUGGGAUUCCAGGACAAGGACGGGGCGGAGUGCACAACUGCAGGGUCUCUGGCGGUUUCAUCACCUCCCCCAUCUCGGCUCUCAUCCUCCUGCUCGCACCUCCAGCCUCCCCGGGCCGAGCGGACCUGCCGGCUGCCCUGGCGGAAGCAAACCCCCAGGGUGGGGCCCUGAGCCAGGACGGAGGCAGCCCCGAGGCCCCGCAGCUGUGUCUCGGGAAAGGCUCCUUCUUUCAUUCGAGAAUAUGGACUGAGCUCCUCCUCACUGAGUUCUUGACGCUGAGACUUGGUGAGUGAGACUGACCCACCUGCCUGCCUUAGUGAAGCAGACGAAACCGUAAAAAGGUGAACCGUGGUAGGCUGUGAACGUUGAGGACUCCAACAGAGCAGGGAAAGAGGACAUGCUGUCUUCGUGAGGGUGGCUGGGGACAGCUGCCCUGAGAGGGGACUGUGGUCAAGUCCCCAGGCAGGUAGAAGAGCCAGUUAGGGAGAGAGCUUGGGAAGAGCAUGCUGGGUGAGGCCACAGCAUGUGCAAAGGCCCUGGGGUGGUGGCAUGCCUAGUGCAUUCCAGGCAGAGCAAGGAGGCCACGUGGCUGGAACAGAGCAAUGAAAAUGAAGAGGAGCAGGCUGGGAGGCAGAAGGGGAUGGCGUGCAGUGCCUGGGGCCUUGGAGGACUUGACCUUUGCCAACCAAGAUGGGGAGUGACAGCAGGGUUCUAACAGAGGUGCUGUCAGUCUGGUGCUGUGGGAUAGGGAGGAGACCGUGUCAAGGGGGUGGCUGCAGUAACCCGUGUGAGAUGAUGGGCUGUGGCCAGAUGAUGCUGGUGGGGGUGACACAUAGCCGCAUCCUGCUCAUAUUCUGAGGGCGUAGCUGACAGCUUUGCCGAUGACCAGGUGUGGAGGGCGAGGAAUCGGGGUGAAAUCCAGUGGGGCCGGCCUUAGGCGGUCGGGUGUCAGCAGCUGGAGUCCAUGGCAGAGGUCCAGGAUGGAGGCAAAAGCAGGGAGCCACCAGCAUAGAGUCAGAAAGCCAGGAGGCUGGAUGGGGCCAGCCGAGGAAUCCAGGAGAGGAGAGGUCGGAGCACAGACCCGGGCCCUCCACAUUCAGCGGCUGCACGGAAGAGAGAGGCUAGAGGGGUCAGACCAUGUGACCCUGGGCCAACUGGGGCUCAGGACUCCCGCUGGGUGGGCACACCUCUCAGUCCCCCCACAGCUGGGUGGUCUCCUCACCCAGCUGGGCCAACCAGAGGCCUCUGCGCAGAGUCUGGAGCCAGGACGCAGGGGCCUGGCCUCCCAGUCUGGCUGCUCCCUUGAAAGGCCACAGCCUGAGCCCCGCGGUGCUUGUGGGACUUGUGAGCCAUGCUGCCCGGGAAGCAGAAAAAGCAAGUGAUGGUGAUACUCAGGGAGAAGAAGACAGGAGCUGGGAGCCGUGGGGACUCCGCCCUCGGGCUCUGCAGCACGCCUGGGGGGUUUCUGUUAGUCGUGACCACCAAUCCUGGCCCUAACAGGGCCACCUGCCACCUACCGGGGGAGGGGGCGGGACCCCGAUUUCCAGCCUCUGCGAUUCCCACCUCCCUGUCCCUCGUGCCCCCAGGGGCCUCUCUGUGGAAGGCAAGGAAACAAAAACCACGGGGCUUUGAAAUCAUCGACCGAGUUUAAUGCGUCGUACAGAAGGAAAACUACAUUGGCAUAUUUAAGACAAACACUUUUUCUCUAUCCUCACUAUCCACUGGACGGUCUUCCUUGGUCCGAAAAACUAAUUCUCAAGACACGUCGGCUGCUACCCCUCCCGGGUCCAAGCUUUCGUAACCUCCCAUGACAUUUUUAAAAAAUUUAAUUCAAUCCAUCCAAGAAGAAAAACCAACCAACCAAAAAGGAACCUGAAGACAUUUACAUCGCGAGCCACGCAGCAAUGCAAACUUAGCAUCUAGAGUAACCAAUAUAUAUGAUGUGUGUCCCACAGUUCACUCUGUUCAUCAAUAAAAGAAUAUAAAAAUCUUGUUCAA